GGAGCUAUUAGAUGUGAUUAGGCAAAAGGCUGAUAAUCAGAAAGCUUCUAGUGCCAGGCAGUUGAGGGCCAUUGUAAACAUAAUUAAUGAAAGUCAAAAGCAGCAACUGGAAUCUGUGAGCUACUCCUCCCGCUACGCUUUGGGACUUUUUUAUGAAGCUGGUACACGGAUUGAUGUCCCCUGGGCUGCUCAGUACAUCACUGAUAAUCCCUGCAUACGCUUCAUCUCCAUCGAUAAUAAGAAACGCAAUAUAGAGUCUCCCGAAGUUGGGCCUUCCCUUGUUGUCCACACGACUGUGACAUUUGGGAGUGAGUACCUGGACUCAGACCCUGCAGAGGUGCAGCAGAUAAUUCUCAGUCACCUGGAGAGGAUUGUGCCAUCCCUGCCUAAACCAAGCAGCAUCAAGUGCCACAAGUGGAGAUACUCUCAGGUUACAAAGGCUGUGCCUAAUUGUCCAGGGCAAAUGAUUCUUCAUACUCAGCCUCUCCUGAUUUGUGGGGGCGAUGGAUUUACCCGCUCCAACUUCGAUGGCUGCAUAGAGUCUGCGGUGAGCCUUGCAGAGGCUGUCAAGUCUCAUUUGUAGCAAUUUCCAAGUCAAGCUGCUGAAUUUCAUCUAGAUUUAUGAUGAAUUUUCCAGUGAUGGAUGGAAUUCGAGUUUAGUGUCAACAUCACUGGCCUUUGUCUUGCAAAAGUAAAUAAAGAGAGAUGUAUCGGUGUGCUGUAAUAAUUAUUGGGAUAGAAUUAAAUUGGAUUUUCCAGAA